AUGGAGAAGCGAAAAGUGCCUCCGCUGCCGCCGGGACCGCUGCCUAUUCCACUCAUUGGUAAUAUCCGGGGGGUUGACAUCAAUGCACCAUGGUUAGCUUACACGGAAUGGGGCAAACAAUACGGCGAUAUUGUAUACUCGAGUCUUUUCGGCCAACACAUUAUUGUGAUCAACUCCGAGAAGGUAGCGAUUGAGCUUUUGGAGAAGCGGUCAUACAACUACUCUGAUAGGCCGGACCUUCCAACAAACGCUCUUUUUGGGUUCGGUUUCAACACCAUACUCAUGAGAUACGGAGCUCGCUGGCGUCGUCAAAGAGGAAUAUUCCAUCAAGCAUUCAGGGCAGAGGCAGCUCUAUGUUAUCGUCCAAUGCAGCGGCGGAAGGCUGAGCAGCUUAUUCGUGACAUGCUUGAUGCCCCAGAGAAAUUCCUAAACCAUGUUCACGUAUUUUCAUCUUCUGUGAUAAUGUCGGCUUCAUAUGACUAUGAAACAAAACACGACGACCCAUUAGUGAAGCUUAUUGGAAAGUCACUGAGGUUGGCUGUGCAGGAACUCAGACCUGAGGUAGCUACCGUGUUCAAUGCAUUCCCAAUUCUUCUACGACUACCAGCAUGGUUUCCUGGUAUGUCGCUCAAGAAGAAGGCCAUCCAGUCACGUGAAUGGCUGGGAGAGUGGAUGCACGAUCCUUUCCAGUAUGUGCUCGAAAGAACGGCUGAGGGGAAAGCCCAGUCAUCCAUGGUUUCAAAUGCCCUCAGACGGAUCGGCGGAAAAGAAACUUCUGACGAGAUCACAACCAUCAAAGAAAGUGCAGCCACAGCGUUUGGAGCUGCUUCCGAAACGACGGAUUUGAUAUUGCAAGUAUUCAUCCUUGCCAUGGUACUCUUCCCAGAAGUACAAGUGAAAGCCCGCACUCUGAUUGAUGCUGUCGUUGGCGCGUCGAGGUUGCCGACUUUCGAAGAUAGAUCCUCCUUGCAAUAUAUCGAUGCUAUCCUCCGGGAAACUCUUCGUUGGCACCCGAUUUUGCCCCUAUCGAUACCGCAUGCGUCGGUGGACAGCGACGUUUACGAGGGAUACUACAUACCCAAAGGUGCCGUCGUUGUGCCAAAUGUGUGGGCAAUGUCACAAAAUGAACAGAAAUACCCAAAUCCUUCGCAGUUCUCGCCCGAGCGCUUCCUGGAUGCUGAUGGCAACCUCAAUGACGAUACCGUCAAUAUGGCAUUUGGAUUUGGGAGAAGGAUUUGUGUUGGCCGGCAUUUUGGAGACGCAUCUCUAUGGAUAGCAAUUUCUUCCCUACUUACCGUGUUUACAUUUUCGAAACGAAUCGGUGCAGAUGGGGAGGUGAUUGAUUUUGAACCACGAUGGUCCAGUGGUAUCGCAAUUCACCCGCUACCCUAUCCGUGCAGCAUCACUCCAAGGCUCCGCAAGGUAACUUGA